AUGGAGAACUUUUAGUAUUUAGUUAAAGGUAGAAAAAUAGAAUUAGAUUGGUUAAAGGGAUCCAAAUAUGAAGUUUAUUCUCAAUAUUUGAUAAAUGCAUUCUAUCUUUGUCUCAUGAUUGAGGAGGAAAAUCUAAGCGAAAUAGAAAAUUUAAACAAAGGUUUUAUAUAAAAAUUUAAAUAAGAAGAUUAAUCACUUUACAUUUUGUCUUUGGAAGAUCAGUAAAAAGAAUACAUAAUGGAGAAAAAAAGUAAGACCUUUAACAAAACCUUAUAGAGACGUCUUGUAUUUUAGGACAUGAAAAUGAUUUAAUAGAAAGAUAAAAGUGGAAAAAUAGAAAAGAAGCAGUUUCCUAUUCAUAAUGGAUUAACUAUUGAAAUCAAGGAUGAAAGCUUGAAAUAGCAAUGGAAAAAAGAAGCAGCUAAUCAAAAUGCUAGAAUAAAUAUUCAUUUUUAAAGUAGAAAACCUAUUAUUGUAUACUUUGAUGAUAAAUAAGAUGCAAUAAAAAUAAGAGAUGCCUUUAUAUCUUCAUCAAUACUUAAACAAUUAAACUUAUUGGAUGCUUUAAAUGAAGUAAAAAACCGCUUAAAAUACAGAAUAGUCUCGCUAUUUAAGGAAAAAAUGUAAGAAUAUGCUUAAAGUAUAAACAAAAAAGCAAAUAGUAAUUAGGAUAGCAUUCCAGAAGAAAAUAAUCAUGAGUCAGAUGAUGAAUAAAAUGUUGCUUAGAUGAUACCUAACUCUAUUAAAAAUGAAGCUAUUGAUGAGAUAAAUGAAGGAGAAGUUUAAAAUUAAGGUGAUAUAUCUUCAGGUUCUUUGAAAUUCGGAAUGUAGUAAUACAAAGAAGAAAUAGAUGAAGAAGAACUAGAAUAAGAACUUAAUAAUUUUGACGUCAGCAAAAGUUUUUAGAAUAAUUAGAAAGCUGGAGGAGAAGAUUCUCAAGAGAACCAAGAUAUAAAUAAAAUUAUUUCUAAUUUCAACUUAGAUGAAGAAAAAAAGGAUACCAAUUUGAGGUUAGACACAAAUGUCAGUGAUAAAUAAGACCCAAGAAAUACUUAGUUGACACUUGAUUUAGAAACUAGGACAACUUAUAAAGAGAGACCAAAGGAUAUAAAUGCAGAAUAAAUUACUUAAUAAAUGAAUGAAAAAUAUACAAAAUUUUGCAAGAAUCUUGUUUUAGAACAUGCUGUUGAAGAGCUUAAUCAUGUAAGUUCAGAAAACCAUCCAGUAAAGAUGGUUGGAAUUCUCAAAUAAACUAUUUAAAAACUCAAAGAGGGAAUUAAGGUGAUUAUGUUUUUAUGUAAUGAAAGAAAAAACAUGAUCACUCUGAUUGAAAAUUAGUAAGAAACAAUUGAGAAAUAAAUUAAUCAAAUGAACUAAAUGAACUUGAGUGAAAAGUUGUCUUAAUUAGAUGAAAAUUUUUUUAAAAAUUAACUUUCUCUUUUGAACACAUACUUAAAGCAAUUCUAUCAUUUUGUUUAGAAUUGCUAAAAAAGCAUAGAAAUUCUUGAAUAAACAUUUAAGUAUGAUCCUGAGUGGCGUUAAGAUCCUCGCUAUAAAAAUCAAAAUAUUUUAUCUGACAUGGAAGAAUUACCCAAACAUUGCUUUAAAAUUCACUAAUUCCACAAUGAUAAAUUAAAAGAAGUCAAAAAACUUUAUGAUUAAAUUGUUAAGUAAGAUGAAAACGAAGUAAAAUAUAUCGAAUACACUCAGGCUGAUAUCAAAUAGACAGUAGAGGUUCUUAAACCUCUAAGUGAACAUUUUGAACACAAUUCAACCACUGAAUUCGAAAUUCUCUUCUUUUUGUUUAUAGAAGAUGUUAAAUAGCUAAAUGAUAAAUUUUAAUCUUCUUAUUCUAAACAAUAAGAAAACAUAAAUCAGUUCAAAAAAUCAUAUGAGGAUAUUAGAAAUUUCUAUUAUUAAAGACUGCAAAAAAUUCUUGAGCUGAAGUAUUAAAAUAAUGUUACAAAAUAGAAAUUAAUGAGAAUCGUCAUACCUACUAAUUCUAAAGUUAAUAAUGCCAUUCUUACAGACGGAUUAGAAUCUAUUUAGUAUGUAGAUAAAUAGCUAGACCAAGUUAAAGUUGAUCUAAAUCAACCUAUGAGUGAAGGCUCAUACUUCUAAUAAAUUAAACUAUAUGAAGAGCAUAAAGCACAUUAAAUCAUAAAGGAAUUUGAAAAUGAAAUAGCUAGCUUAAAGUAAGUUUUUUAAACUGUCACUCAAAUAGAUAUGAUGGAAAAGACUAUCGAAAGGUUAUUAAAGCUUAGAGAAGAAUUCGAAAGCGAUGAAAUUGAAGAGGAAGAUAAAUAAAUAUAAGCUGAAUAGUAUAAAUAACUAAUUACAAUUGUUGAAAAAUAUACAGAAGAUAUGGUUGCUCUUAUUGAGAUAUCUCCUGUCUUCAGAUCUUUCCAUUCAAAGCUUAGCUCUGAAAUACAGCUUUCGAAAGUAGUUUUAGAACUAAUUGAUCUAGAAUGA